UCUCCGGUCUGUAAAUCCGUGCAAAGAGUGCACUACGGAGUGGCCAAAGGGGAAGAGGCGAGGAUUGAGUGCGAAGUGGACGCCGACCCCAUCGACGGACUCGUCUUUCGCUGGACUUUUAAUGGGACGGGAAGUGACGGCACCGACGGUGCGGUCAAGUUUGUGACCGACGGCAAGAAAAGUGUGGCCACGUAUACGCCCCGCGAGGACAUAGACUACGGACGCAUAUACUGUUGGGCCGAGAGUAGCGCCGGUAAACAGCGAGAGCCCUGUGUUUUCUUUGUCAUCCAAGCGGGACCUCCCGAUCCGCCCGACAACUGUUCCCUAACCAACAUAACCGCUCACACGCUUACCAUUGAAUGCCUGCCCGGAUAUUCCGGUGGUUUGGAUCAGAUGUUUUAUUUGGAGGUCUUCAGCGCCAAUCCGAACCGUCUGUUAGCGAACCUGAGUUCAACGGAAUAUCCAUUUUUCAUCGCUCACGGAUUGCCGGCCGGCUAUGCCUUCCGUCUCAUCCUAUACUCGACUAACACGAAGGGAAAGAGCAAAAGCAUUACCGUUACCGGCAAUACACUACUCGCCGCUCAAUGGAAAAGUGACGAUGUCGAGGCCAUAGAAAUCAGUCCAUUCCUAACCGUCUUAAUGAUAGUCGUCGGCGCUCUCAUUGUGUUGGCUAUCAUUAUAAUUAUGAUUAUGAAAAUCAAGUCCGAAGAGGAGUUGAAAAACCGGAGUCGAGAAGUAGUGCCGACGGAGAGCGCAAAAACCACUCCACGAUCUAUAAUGAAAAAACCAUCAAAUAUGCAAAAUUCACACUAUAAUAAUAGGGAGGGAACGUGUCAUACAAUUAAGAUCAGGGAUUCAAUGCAAAUGAGAGAAAUCACUUCAGUUAUCGAAGAGAACGAGGAGAUGGAGACCGAGGGCUCGUUCUCUGUGUGUAACCACAGCUCAACCCCAUUGACAAUACGAGUGCCUCCGCCUCACCAGUGCUUCUAUGACGGCUCAAUCACUGCCGCCAAACGCUGCCAAAUGGCCGCCGAUAUGCAGGACCUGUCAGUCAAUUCCGGGCCAUCCAAUCGAGACCAGACAAACCACUUGUACUCAUUCAAACACAACCACAUUAUACCUCAUAAGGUCUGUCAAACGUGCUGAGAGAGAGAGAGAGAGAGA